AUGAAUCAACGGAUCCGUUCUUCUUCAACCUCUGAAGUUGAAACAGAAUACUUUGAUCUGAUCCCUGUUGAUCUCUUCAUCAGCAAUAUCUUGUCGAGAUUACCUCUGGAGUGCAUAGCUCAGUGUCGUUGCGUAUCAAAGCUCUGGUCGUCCAUAAUCCGCCGUCCAAACUACAACGUGUUGUUCCCAUGCAAGUCCCCGGCUCAACCGCGUAUCCUUUUCAUCAUCGAAUAUGAAGGAGAUUUGUUCUUCUACUCCGUACAACAGCCUCAGAAUCCGGAUGAGAACACGUCUCUUGUAGCCACCUUUCAUCAUAGGACAAGAGGGUCACCUUGCAGUAGUGUGUGUCAUCCUCAGGCUGGCGGAUUGGUUUGCCAUCAACAUGCUGGAAAGAAAUCUCCAAAAGUGGCCGUGAUUUGUAAUCCCAUAACAAGAGAGUUUUUAGCCUUGCCCAAGUCAGAGUGGCGGCCAUCAAACGUGUAUGAUAAAGAUUUUUUUGGGUAUGAUCCGAUAGACCAACAAUCCAGUGAUGCACAGAGACAUAAAUGGUCAAAGCAUAUCUACCAAAUGUUUCAUCCAGUGCUGCAUGAUGACAUUACUUUGCUACGUGUUGCUGGAAUGAUUGGUACUUGCGAAAUUGUGCUUUGCCCAUGUUAUACACAAGGUCCUUUCUUCAUCUUUUACUACAACCUCGAGACCAACAUUCUCACAAGUGUAAACAUUGAAGUUUCACUAUGGCUUAGUAGGCGCUGGGUUUACGCAUUCACAAACUAUGUAGAGGAUAUGAAGCUUAUGUAA